UACUUGUGCGAGAGCAUCAAGAGCGAUAGUUGGAAACUCGGAUCUCACCGGACCACAUCGCAAUCUCGCAACCUUGGAAGGCAUAUCCUGCUUCUGAUCGCCAAGACGACGGCGCGGCAAAAACAAAUCUUGCCGAUCGUUUGCAUAAAGCAUCCGUUCGAGGGCACGUACGAGGACUCGAUCGUUGAUCCCGGGCCUUCGUUCUAUCCCUUUGAUCUCUUCACAAAGAAGAGAGAGUGUCGAUCCGUUCGGCAAGGACGUAUACCUGUAGAGUUUUUUACAUUUUCAAACUGUUUCAAAGAAUUAAACGUUUCUCUCUAGUUGACUGUUUAGAUGUGAAUAGGUUUUUCCACAACUUUAAAAGCUUUAUAUAUCGCGACGGAAUUGUGCAGAUUUAGUUUUUAAGAGAGAUUUAAGAGAGAUGGUCCAGGCUGGACUUGCUCGUUUGAUAAUGAAAAUGCGGCAAUCCAGUAAUAAAUUAUUCCGGAUGUGCCCCCGCAUAUACGAGUUGGACAAAUCGUCAUGGUGGGUCAUGGUGGGUCGUGGUGGGGGGAGAGUCUUUGUUCUCGAAAGUCGUAAGAGAAGGCACCACGUAUAAAAGACACCCGCCGAGUAAUCGCGAAUACAUCGCAGUUUUCGCAGCGAGACAAUCACUUGCGCACCGCAGUUAAAAUGAUGAGCAAAAUCUUUAUUCUCAUUGGCGCUCUUGCGGCCGUCUGCAUCAGCGUUUGCUCCGCCGGAGUGGUUCCAGCGGUUCCAGCGGCUCUAACAGUCGGAACCUAUGCCACGAGUUAUAAUGCCCACACCGUCAACCACGCCAUAGCCGCCCCAUACGUGGCGGCUGCACCUUUGGCUUAUCCCGCUUAUGCAGCUUAUUCCGCUCUGCCGGCUGCGUAUUCCGCCCCCAUCAUCGCCGGAAGGCGCUAAAGUGCUGAAACCAAACUGACCUCUGUCUCAUGGAUCUGGCAAUGCUGAUGCUGACAAGUAUCCAAUUGAAAACUACCGCGUUAUCGACGUAUCAUUAUCCGUUCAAUAUAAUUUAUCUAUAGUAUCGCCUUUUUCUUAUUCAUUUUUUUCUUCUCUACAUCUUUACUGCGCAAUUCUUAUUCAACGUGUAGACUAAAUGUUUACACAUUACAUUUAAACAAAGAAAGAAUCGACAUUGCUCAAUUUUCCAUUUCUGCAGACCUCUCUGUAAAAAGGAUAAUCUUGGGCAAAAGAAAAUACAUUCUCUCUGCUUAAUCAUUGCCGUAUUCUAUUAAUAUAACUUACAAUAUUAAUGUCGAUAAACCUGAUACAAAUAUAGUCUGUGCCACAUUUUGUACUUGUAAACAUUUCUUUUGAAUUUUUCUUUUUGUCAUGUACACGCAAAUGUGUGUAUAUAUAUAUGUAUAUAUAUUUAUAUCUUAAUAGAUGUAUCUCGUUUGUUGUCCUUACAUUAUGCACAAUGUAUAAACUAUGAUGAGAUAAAAAAGAAAUGAAAAUGUAAGCGCGAAAAAAUAAUAAAAAUUGACGA